ACUGGCUUCUCAAUCUGACAUCAGUCAUCCCGACCGCUCAUUUUUCUGGGGGCUUGCCCAACACAACCAUGCUGAAGACUGUUCGAUGCUUUGCGUUGCCUCGUGUAGCUUUUCUCUGCUCAUCUACUCUUUUUGAUUGUAGAAGUGGCGUCUAUGCCCUCGCAGAAGCCCCCAGCAACAACGCUUGCUUCAAUAGUUUGGAUGUUCCCGCCUUGAAGAAAGCCAUCGGGUCGGGCCAUGUCUACCAGCAUCAUGAUUUCUUAUCCAAUGAAGAAGUCAAUCAUCUAUGGAACGAAAUCAAUCGAUUAGAAGAGACGGGAGUGUUUGCUAGAUCCGGAUUAUCCAAUACAGUUCAAGCCAACAACCAGAACUUUGGCAAUCAGGAUCGAACCCUGUGUCCUGUUCCUUGGUGGACCGACAGCUUGCAACAAGCGCCUGCUGUAUCCGGUGACAACCCCAUCCAACCAAUUGCCUCUCGCAUUCAAGACUUGAGACAUGCCUUGGGCAGUCUCUUGGAUCGUCCAACCAUGACCGACGCCUCUCUGGCGCAUGAAUGCUACUACUCCAUGUCGCAGGUGGGUUCCUUUCUUCCCCGACAUAUGGAUGAGCGUCACGAAGAACUCAAGGGUGCGAAAGGAUGGCUGUUGCCCAGUCGUCGUUCCCUUUCUUGGUUGAUUUAUCUGAGCGAUCCAGAGGAUUGGACGCUGGAAGAAAAUGGAGGCGCACUGCGGGCCUUUGUACCGAAGCACGUGUUAGACACAGAACUACAACAACUCACCCAGGACGAGGGCAAUUUGCAAAUUGGUUGGCUGCUUCCCACCAAAGAGGAUGCCAACGAACCACAAAUACCAGUCUAUUUAGACAGCUGGUUCCCAGUGUCUUUCAGCCCUGAGGAUCAACCACCCGAACCUCAUUGCAUUUUGUAUACUCGCAAUCCACAACAGAAAGAACGAGUUUUCCUGACGCAACCUUGGCUUACAGAAGGGCUACAAGGCAUUUCGUUGGCAGACUUUCUCAAAACGUGGGCACAACGACAAAGCAAUGACGACAAAGAAGAAGCAUCUGGCAACACCGGAUUGUUUCUUAGGGGAGAAGAUGCCAACAACUUUGUCCUCAUUGAAGACCGACCAGCUUGGGACGCGGGAGGCUCAGAACCGGACGGCACCGUUGCAGAGGAUGUUUUACCGUCCAGAGGCUCCCUGGUGAUCUUUGACUCUGUGACGGUCCCUCAUCAGGUCGAACUCAUCAAAAGAGGGAGACGAGUUGCCUUGGCUGGUUGGUUUCACGAAGAAACACAACCUUUCCCAGAGGGAUUGUAUUCAUGACGAUGACAAGGCUAUGCGUGUCUUACUGGUUUGGGUGUGGGUGGGUGUUACGAAUGUCUUUGCUAGUUUUGAAGCUGGUUUUAAAAGUACUCAUCUCUUUA